AGUGGCUUCUCCUUGGAGCCUCCCGGAGUUUGGCCCCCCACCCCGAGAUCAUGGCGAAUCACUUGAAGUUCAUCGCCAGGACGGUGAUGGUCCAGGACGGGAACAUGGAGGGAGCAUACAGGACCCUCAACAGGAUCCUGACCAUGGACGGGCUGAUCGAGGACAUCAAACGGCGCCGCUACUAUGAGAAGCCGUGCCGGCGGAGGCAGCGGGAGAGCUACGAGACCUGCCGGCGCAUCUACAACGCCGAGAUGGCCCGCAAGAUCAACUUCCUCAUGCGCAAAACCCGCCAGGACCCCUGGCAGGGCUGCUGAGCGCCCACCGGGCCAGGGCCGGGGGGCUCGGGGCCGGGAGCGGAGCCCUCCCGUCCCCCCAAAAUCCCGGCCCUGUCGUGGGAGCCGAGCCUUCCCGCACUCCUCGCGUCCUCCUUCCCCGUCCGCAUCCGGCUUCCCGGACACGCUUCCCGGAGGGCUCCCGAGGGGGUUGAGGGGGGAUCCGGUGACCGUCCCCGUUUCCGAAUGCCAGCCCAACCUCCCGCUCCCGUCCCGUCCCACUAAUAAUAAUAAUAAUAAUAAUGGCAUUUAUUAAGCGCAGUUGC